GGCAGGUUACACCAUGGUGUACAUGGGGUGAAUAUAAUCUCAUCUGAUAUCGCACAGGAAUAAUCUGUGAUUGCAGAUGGUACAAUAUAGUUUAGGGUCUGUGGUGUGUAUAUAUAAACACUCGGGCUUAUGGGUACAUGGAUGGAGUUAGUUUAUGUCUGCCGGAAGUCUAAAUAUUAUGAAACGUGGUUGUGCAGGCUAGACUCUUGCAUUGAGCUGUGCAAUUCGCCCCCUCCGUUGUUUACACGGAAGUGAUGUCCUGCCCUCGCACUGCUGCUGGGCGCGGUGUCAACCAUCGUUACAAUGUGUUGAUUGGCUGCAGUGCUUUGAUUGACGUAGGGGUUUAGACGUGUCUGGGAGCUGAUUGGCUGUUGUCUGGUGUCCCGCCUCCCCCGGGGAGCGCAGCUCCGGCAGCAGCUGAUGCGGGCGCUCAGUCCUCAGGCUCGCGGCCAAUCGGGAGGUCUGCAGCGUGCGAGAGGCGGCGGCGGCGGCUCGCUCGGUCGGGAGGUGCAGUCGCAGUGCUGCAGAGCGCUCCCCUGCUGCUUCCCCGCGGCUUCCCAGAGUCCGAAUCCCUGGGCUCCCUAGCUGUCCAUCACGCUCCAACCUGACGUCAUUGGCUUCCUGGUUGGACAGUCCAAAUUUGGGGGACGCUGCGUGAGAGUCAGUACAAGCCAGUGGGACACUUCUGUCCGAAUAUUGUUUGUGUACAGCAAUGUAAAUUUGCAUUUUUAUGCAAACUAUUUACCUUCUAUUUGCGGUGGGAGGAGGCAACGAUUAUUUCUUCAACGCGAGGAAGCUGCUGUUUAAUUGGGAAUGUACCAAGGGACCCGAGCCUUGCUUGCGGCAGCAGUCGUCAUCGAUGCCAUCUGGGUCUCGAUUUGCACAGUGGACGUUGUUGCUGCAAUUAAAUUCACUCAAGUGAUCAUUUAUCCCACUGCGGACAGUGUCGGUGGCAUUUCAAGUUGAUCGAAGAUCCCUUUGUUUGCAUUUCACGGUGCCUUUUGGACUAGGAGGCCAGGGACGACUCCGGGAAGACUUUCCCCAGUCUCCCACUAAGUCUGCUGCCUCCGUUUGACUUGUUUGAUUCUGUGGACCCCAUAGAAAAUUGAAUUUCUUUACACAUGUCAUUUGGAGCUGGAGGAAACUAAGUUGGAUGGAUGUUGCUGACGUAUAACACUGGGUUCUGACAGUUUCCCUUGUGGUGUCUGUGUGGAGAAGGCCACACACACUCCAUCACAACGACGGCUUUUGCUUGCAUUUUCCAGUGUUUCUUCUGUCAGAGAGUGCAUCAGGCCUGUAACUCUUCUACUGCCAGCCCUGAGCUCAGCAGUGAAGAACACCCGUUGGAAAUGGUAAAGAUGACUAAAUCAAAAACCUUCCAGGCUUACCUGCCAAACUGUCAUCGGACGUACAGCUGCAUCCAUUGUCGAGCUCAUCUGGCCAAUCAUGACGAACUGAUUUCCAAGUCGUUCCAAGGUAGCCAGGGACGUGCAUACCUGUUCAACUCCGUGGUGAAUGUGGGCUGUGGCCCUGCUGAGGAGAGAGUGCUGCUGACAGGAUUGCAUGCUGUAGCGGAUAUCUACUGUGAAAACUGCAAAACCACUCUGGGAUGGAAAUACGAACAUGCCUUUGAGAGCAGUCAGAAAUAUAAAGAAGGAAAAUUCAUUAUUGAAUUGGCCCACAUGAUUAAAGACAAUGGGUGGGAAUGACCAGCGUGCUGCAGACCCCUGCUGCUAUUUUAGGACUGUAUGAGGCUGAUCUAAUGGACAGAAAAUGCUCUGCUAUGGGACAGCUUAAUAACAUUUGACUUUUUUAAAAAAAAACCUUACAGCUGAACCAUUGAUGUCGCCUUCUUGUCAGCCCUUUUUGCUUUUUUUAAUCUCUCUGUCUAGGUUUGGUGUUCUCUCCUGUGAAACACUGUGUAGACAUCUAUAGAGGAAUUGUUGUUUCCUGCGCUCUUUACAGUUUGAGUGAAAGAAGAAUAAUUGAAGUUUUAUUUUUGGGAAGUGUAGCUUUAUAAGUGACUUCUGAACUUGGCUGUCCUCCCUUCCCUUUCUUUAAACUCCACUGUGUAUCUCUUCUAUAGCUGUGCAUGCUUUUACACUAGACAACUGGAUGAGCUGAGCAGCAUAGAGAGGGUUGAGGAGGGAGUUAUGUAUGUGUAUACAUGUAUAUUAAUGGAUAUGUGUAUAUAUCAUACACCAUAAAUGUAGCAAUUUUAUUUUUAAAAACCAGUUGUUUUGGGAUUGGAAUAAUGGUCACAAUGUUGUGGCAUUGAGAUAGUUGAAUCCCAUUAUUUGCAAUUGAUUUCUUCUGUUACUUCCAAACUGUGGCUGAUGUCCAGGAGGCAAGAAUCUAGUGUUCAACAGCUGCAGUGUUGAUGGGGAACAGUUGGGGGAGAAAGAGGAACCACUGAAAUUGAUUUUUGAAGAACAGACAUGUGGCUGGUUCCAUGUAUUGCCGUACACUAAUGCACUGGAUAAAACCGGGCACAAAAAGAGAAGUCUUCUGGAUGUGAUAUCCGUUUUCUAAGUGUAGAGCUGAGCUCCCGGUCUUUGGACCGUUAUGACUUUAAAUGAACGCAGGAAGUUCCUUUGCACAUGCCUGGGAAAUGGGGAUUCAUAACUAGACACAUUACCAGAACUUUGUUUUUGUUCCUUUUAAAAUAAUUAUAUAUUUUUACCUUUAUUGCAUUCUCCUGUUAUGAUCCUUUUUUUUUUUGGCAGAUGGCCAUUCCCUAUUGGAGUGUGGAUAGUUUUUUUGGGUGCAAUGGUUUGCUGGUUAAAUCAUUUUCUUUUGUCGUGUGGGCUCACUACAUGCAACAGUGCACUCUGCUGCUAAAAGUCUCUUGUGCAGUGUUAACAGGAAGGUCUAGAAAAGAAAAAAAUUCCUCCUUUUGUGAUGUUUUUCCUUUUUUUUUAAAUUUUAAAAAGUGUCACAAGUGAGAUUGCUCUCAUUUCCUAUCAAAUAAAGUGUUUCUAUCACUGCUUAAAUGUAACUUUUUGUUUGCCUGCACUCUUGCUGUCAGAAUUCUGUUUCCCUGGUGCGGUGCAAUGAUUUUGGAACUCUUCGCGGAUGGGUCCCAGUUACAUGAGCGCCGCUGAAGGAGGG